UUCUGCACCGUGAUCUCUGCAUCCUUCUUCCUCGCUACUUUUGAUUUCUUCUUUGAGAGGAAUUAGUAGAGUAGUCAUGUCGGAAAAGCCCGCGAAACCCGCGAUUCCCUCCUGGCAACGCGCCACUCCCCUAGCCUCCCCGCCAUCCCCGGGCGCCGAAGACUCCACCAAGGACGAUACUCAAACAGCUACUGAAUCGCAAGAAGAGGAGCCGCGGGACGAAGACGCAACAUCAGAGAGCCCGCAUUUACUAGAUCAAGCUUCAAAGUUCCUCGAAGACCCAAGUAUACGCGAUGCGCCUCGAGAUCGCAAAGCUGCAUUUUUAGAGUCCAAAGGAGUGACCAAGGAGAACAUUGAGAAGCUCCUUGGAGUUGCGGAGGAGCAGAAAGCCUCUCCUAGUGUUGCAAAUAAGGGAGAGCAGCCAUGGCCAAAGACUUCAACGCCCCCGAAAUCGCCACCACGAGAGAUACCACCCAUCGUGACCUACCCCGAGUUCCUCACCCAGUCCACGAAACCGCCACCUCUCAUAACAGCCCGCCGCAUUGCAACAACUGCCUAUGUAGCAGGCGCAGUCGCCACAGCGAUCUAUGGAAUUUCCAAAUAUAUAGUCUCGCCUAUGACGGAAACGUUAACGGACGCCCGCCACGACUUCGCCUCUCACGCCCAGAUCCACGUCGAAGAGUUCAACACCAAGCUAGGGGACAUAGUCUCCGUUGACCCUGCUACAACAUCGAAGCUAUUGAAGCCUACAGGUCACGGCGAUGAUAUAUCAGAAGCCGACUCAGACCCAACGGAGCUCUACCACCGCGAUUUCGGAACUCAGACCACGCCAUCUCUCUCCCGUCGUCCAUCCGUCUCUUCCAAUACCGCCUCAGACCCGGAAGCAAACACCACUGUAGCUAUUCACGAAACUCGCCUAAAGUCUCUUACAUCACACCUCCGUGAACUCGAGGCCACACACAAUAACGAUACAUCCUCCGCCGGCUCCCUCCGAGCCUCGCUCACGGAGCUCAAUACCUAUCUCAGCGAGAUGACAUACCAGAGCUACCACAGCUACGGCGGCGGGAUGUACGGAGGCUCAAAUUACGGCAUGCCACGGGGCAAGGACGGAAAGGAAGAUCAGGUGGAAGCACUGAAGGCCGAGAUCAGGGGCGUGAAGGGGGUGUUACUUUCUGCGCGGAAUUUCCCGGCGGGCGGUGGGAGGAUACCUGUUGGGAAUUGAGCGGCGUUCAAAGGCGGCGAUAUACUGGAUAUUACAAGUGGAAGAGGAAUUUCAAAUGUUGGAAAAUUGGCCGGUACACUAGUGUAUGAUUAUAAGAGGAAGAGACCAAAGAU